CCGGGGAGUAACAGGUGUUUGGAGGCUGAAGGGUGGGGGGGUUCCUGGACUUGGGGUUCGCUUGUGAAACUCCCCUCCACCCUCCUCUCUCGCACCCACCCACCCCCUCACCCCCUCACCCCCUCACCCCCUCACCCCCUUCUUUUUCUGUCCUUGGAAAAUGGUGUCCAAGCUCACGUCGCUCCAGCAAGAACUCCUGAGCGCCCUGCUGAGCUCCGGGGUCACCAAGGAGGUGCUGGUCCAGGCCUUGGAGGAGUUGCUGCCAUCCCCGAGUUUCGGGGUGAAGCUGGAGACGCUGCCCCUGUCCCCUGGGAGCGGGGCCGAGCCGGACACCAAGCCGGUCUUCCAUACUCUCACGAACGGCCACGCCAAGGGCCGUCUGUCCGGGGACGAGGGCUCCGAGGACGGGGACGACUAUGACACCCCUCCCAUCCUCAAGGAGCUGCAAGCCCUCAACACCGAGGAGGCGGCGGAGCAGCGGGCGGAGGUGGACCGGAUGCUCAGCGAGGACCCUUGGAGGGCUGCCAAAAUGAUCAAGGGCUACAUGCAGCAACACAACAUCCCCCAGAGGGAGGUGGUCGACGUCACCGGCCUGAACCAGUCACACCUCUCCCAGCACCUCAACAAGGGCACCCCUAUGAAGACCCAGAAGCGCGCCGCCCUGUACACCUGGUACGUCCGAAAGCAACGGGAGAUCCUCCGACAAUUCAACCAGACAGUCCAGAGUUCUGGAAAUUUGACAGACAAAAGCAGUCAGGAUCAGCUGCUGUUUCUCUUUCCAGAGUUCAGUCAACAGAGCCAGGGGCCUGGGCAGUCCGAUGAUGCCUGCUCUGAGCCCACCAACAAGAAGAUGCGUCGCAACCGGUUCAAAUGGGGGCCCGCGUCCCAGCAAAUCUUGUACCAGGCCUACGACCGGCAAAAGAACCCCAGCAAGGAAGAGAGGGAGGCCUUAGUGGAGGAGUGCAACAGGGCGGAAUGUUUGCAGCGAGGUGUCUCCCCCUCCAAGGCCCACGGCCUGGGCUCCAACCUGGUCACUGAGGUCCGCGUCUACAACUGGUUCGCGAACCGCAGGAAGGAGGAGGCAUUCCGGCAGAAGCUGGCCAUGGACGCCUACAGCUCCAGCCAGACGCACGGCCUGAACCCGCUGCUCUCCCACGGCUCCCCCCCGCACCAGCCCAGCACCUCCCCUCCCAACAAGCUGCCAGGAGUGCGCUACAGCCAGCAGGGAAACAAUGAGGUCACUUCCUCCUCAACAAUCAGUCACCAUGGCAACAGCGCCAUGGUGACUAGCCAGUCUGUUUUACAGCAAGUCUCUCCAGCCAGCCUGGACCCGGGCCACAGUCUCCUCUCACCUGAUGGUAAAAUGCAGAUCUCAGUGUCAGGGGGAGGUUUGCCCCCGGUCAGCACCUUGACGAAUAUCCACAGCCUGUCCCACCACAAUCCCCAGCAACCUCAAAACCUCAUCAUGACCCCCCUCUCUGGAGUCAUGGCCAUUGCACAAAGCCUCAACUCCUCCCAAGCUCAGAGCGUCCCUGUCAUCAACAGUGUGGCCGGCAGCCUGGCAGCCCUGCAGCCCGUCCAGUUCUCCCAGCAGCUGCACAGCUCUCACCAGCAGCCCCUCAUGCAGCAGAGCCCGGGCAGCCACAUGGCCCAGCAGCCCUUCAUGGCCGCUGUGACGCAGCUGCAGAACUCACACAUGUAUGCACACAAGCAGGAACCCCCCCAGUACUCCCACACCUCCCGGUUUCCAUCUGCAAUGGUGGUCACAGAUACCAGCAGCAUCAGUACGCUCACCAACAUGUCUUCCAGUAAACAGUGCCCUCUCCAAGCCUGGUGAUGCCCACACGUCACUUACUUUGUGCACAGCAACAAGGACCCUAUUUUCCACACCAUCACCCUCCAGGCAGCUGUCGCGGAAAAGCGCAGUGACCUGACAAGCAGCACCUGCGAGAGGUCCCUGCUCACCUGACGUCCUGCCAGCGCCUCGGACAAUCCACUCUGAGAGGUGCGGCCCAGAGCCCAGCUUCCCUUCUAUGCAGUAUUGUCACGAUGCCUCUCCCAAGACGUCAAGCUCUCCUGUCUGGUCUGUCCUAAAGGCGGGAGAUGAGAAACCGAGGAAGAGGAAGAGAGAAAGCCGGAGCGUCUACAUUAUGCUCCUUCAUCGAACAAACUGAUGUGAAAACUUGAAUCUGUUACUGAAAUGAGGAGAGGAGGACACGUGCUAUUGAACUGAGCCAAACACACUGUAAAUAUCAGCCACCUCCCUCCCCCCCCACCCCCCAUCCCGGCUGAUCUGGAGAUUUCUUUUAAAGAAGUAAAUUUGUCCAAUGGGUGUAAACUAUAAACUACUGUAAUUAAGUGCAAUUUCCCCUCUACUUCCUCUCCCCUCUGCCCUGUAUAUAAUACUAAAGUGUCUAUCAGUUUUCUUCGUAAAGGUCAGAGUUGAAUUUUCAAAGUGAUUUGCCCCCUCUCUCUUCCCCCACGGAGAAAUAUCUAAGGUGGAAGUGAAGCCCCUGCCCCCUUCCUCGGGCCCGGGCACACACAGGGACUGUGUAUUUUGGACUGUCUGCUAGCUCACCCCAAUCUCCUGAUGUUAAGACACACCUCUGGAUCCCUGGAAGGGCUGAACAUAGUGUCAGAGUAAUGUCCUCGCUUCCGGUGGGGGUGGGGGAUCAGCCAGUACCUCCCCAGGAAACCCCAAGACAGGGACACUGGCUGUUGGAUAGCGCAAGGAAAAGUCGCCCUUUCCGAAAACCUCCCAUUAAAACAAUUUAUUUU